AUGGAUCCUGGUACUGAGGAGGCCGGUCCGGCACCCCCGGUGCAACCGCCGCGCUCCUCUCCUUCACCUUCACCUUCGCCUUCGCCUACGAACUCGAACUCAACGCCGGCCGAUGAACACCCCGCAACAAAAUCGCAAGACACACAUAUACAAACCUUAGCUGAGCUCCAAGCCGAGGUCGAGACAGAAGCAGAAGCAGAAGCAGAGGCAGGGGGAGAGGCAGAAGAAGGAGAAGAGCAACAAGAAAGCGCAGCCUCAAGCUCCAAAUCCCGCCCCGUCUCAGGCGUCGUCCCGCCAUGGUGGCAGCGUCAUGAAAGAAACGUUUCGCGCGUCUCACAAAGCUCCCUCCGCAACACGAUUACCCUAGAAGACCACACAGCGGAUCCGGACUCGGAGACAAGCCGCGGUCUUUGGGCGCGGAACGUGGCUAUAAAUGACCAUUGCGUUGUGCAGGGCAAGACUGGGGUUGGCGCGUACGUUGUUUGGAACUGUGUCGUUCAGACUCUUGAUGGUGGACCGAUAGUCGUUCGAAUGAGAUACUCCGAAUUCGAUGACCUGCGCCAGCGCCUCGUAUCUUCAUUUCCGCACGCGAAAAGCGCGCUGCCUGCGCUCCCGCCGAAAAGUGUUCUCUUUAAAUUCCGCCCCAAGUUCCUGGAGAAUCGACGUGCUGGACUGGAAUAUUUUCUCAAUUGCGUUCUACUUAAUCCUGAAUUCUCAAGCUCGCCUAUCGUCAAGGACUUCCUUUUUGGUCGAAUGUCUUGA